GUCUCUUCGCUAUAGGAACGCCACUCUACGUCUGGGAUCCCCGUCGUCUCAGCUACGCUGCCCCGUCCACCUACUACGUAGAAUCUCUGGCUGGAGAAGCUGCCGCUAUCCUCGAUGACGGAGUCUUGGAACCGACCUCAUUCCCUUCCCCGUGGGGUCUACGUCCCCACUGUGGCCUUCUUCAACGAGAACGACGAGGUUGACCUCGAGGCCACGCAGCGCCACGCCGUCCACCUAGCCGAAGCCGGCGUUGCUGGCAUCCUCGUCCACGGGUCGAACGGCGAGGCCGUGCACCUGGACAGGGAAGAGCGUAGCCUUAUUGUUAAGACCACGAGGGCUGCGCUCGAUCAGGCUGACCACCACCUCAUGCCGCUCAUCGCUGGUUGCGGGGCCCAGUCUACCCGUGAGACUAUCCAGCUAUGUCAGGACGCCGCCGCCGCCGGGGCUGGCUUCGCCAUCGUGCUCCCUCCGGCCUACUACGGCAGUCUCCUCGACACGGCCAAGAUCAUCCGGCACUUCCAUGACGUCGCUACGGCCAGCCCGAUCCCCAUCCUCAUCUACAACUUCCCCGGGGCUUGCUCGGGCCUAGACCUCUCCUCCGACACCAUCCUGGAGAUCGCCAAGCACCCCAAUGUCCUUGGCGUCAAACUCACAUGCGGGAACACGGGCAAGUUGGCUCGUGUCGUCGACGGAGCCAAGCCCGGUUUCUUCGUCGCCGGCGGCAGCGCCGAUUUCAUCCUGCAGGGCCUGGUCGUCGGCGGACACGGCACCAUCGCCGGUACCGCCAACCUCGUACCCCGGGCCUGCGUUCGCAUCUGCGAGCUAUUCAACGCGGGCGAGCUGAAGGAAGCGAAGCGACUACAGGCCGUCGUUGCCAAGGCGGACUGGGCCGCCAUCCAGACGGGGUUCGCCGGCGUCAAGGCUGCCCUGCAGCACUUCGAGGGAUACGGCGAAAACCUGAGGAAGCCCUGUGGGCUGCCAAGCAUCGAGGUGACGAAGAUGAUUACAAAUGGAUUCGAGGAGGCGAUAGCAUUAGAGCGGAGUUUGGCGUAGAAAAGAAAAAGGGGAGGGGAGCCACAAGGCGCCACCGGGUAAGGGGGGCGGGU